UUGAGAUAAUACAAAGGCGACCUGCGAUACUAUUCAACUUAAAAUAUCAAUGGCUCAUGGUCUAUCGUCUACUUCUCAACUGAGAAACUGUGAUUUAUUCCCGCUCCCCAAUCCCUGCGGCGGCCAUAUUGUGGGAUGCGUUGGCGCAAGUUAAAGCAGUUCAGAGCGGAGGGAGGAGGAACAUUUGCGGGAGUCCAUCCACUAUUCCUAGAGCUGGCUUUUGUCAUGUAGCAUAGCCACACAAUCUCUACCGGUUCCGGUUUAAAGGUUUUUGUUUGCAAGAAUUGGUCACUGCUACUCUUUUCCUUUUACUGCAACACAAGAACAAAACCAAGUAACGUGACUGGAUUAAUAAUAUCUAUCACGGAUUUCCCCUCUAUUGGGCACAGCGUUUAUUUAUCACGUCUCGUGAGGCGUUACAUGGCAAAGGAAUGGGACAGGCUGUGAUUUUCAAGUUGAACACCACAAUACCACUUUAAGUGCUACACUGAAACAUUUACUCAGGACGAAGCGGUCGGAAGGCGUAUGUAACCUCAAGAAAGAAAAAAGAAGAACCGAUUCGGCAAAGGCUUGACUAUGGGCUGUGUCAAGAGUAAAGAGGACAAGGGUCCUACACAGAAGUACCGGCCAGAUCCCACCAACCCCACCCCUGGGUCACACAUGGGACUCUACGGACCAGACCCCACUCAGAUGGGCCAGUCACCUGCCCUGAAGGGCCCCAGCAACAACUACAACAGCCGCACAACUGGGCUCACCCCGUUUGGUGGCUCCUCCUCUGUCAUCACACCCUUCGGUGGAGCCGCCUCCUCGUCCUUCUCCACUGUUGCUGUGAGCAACCCCUUCCCUGGUGCCGUCACAGGCGGUGUAACUUUCUUUGUGGCCUUAUAUGAUUAUGAAGCCAGGACAUCAGAUGACCUCUCCUUCAAGAAAGGCGAUAGAUUUCAGAUCAUCAACAACACAGAGGGCGACUGGUGGGAGGCUCGUUCCAUCAACACGGGGCAUAAGGGCUACAUUCCCAGCAAUUACGUGGCCCCUGCGGACUCUAUCCAAGCGGAAGAAUGGUACUUUGGCAAAAUGGGUCGUAAAGAUGCUGAGCGACUGCUACUGGUUCCCGGAAACCAGCGGGGCACUUUUUUGGCCAGAGAAAGUGAGACCACUAAAGGGGCUUACUCUCUUUCAAUACGGGACUGGGAUGAGAUGAAGGGAGACAAUGUGAAACACUACAAAAUCCGAAAGCUUGACAACGGAGGCUAUUACAUCACCACAAGAGCUCAGUUUGACACUCUACAGAAGCUGGUGAAGCAUUACACAGAGCAUGCGGAUGGGCUGUGCUACCGACUGACCGCAGUGUGUCCGACGGUGAAGCCCCAGACUCAGGGUCUGUCUAAAGAUGCAUGGGAAAUCCCACGAGAGUCACUGCGUCUUGAGCUCAAGCUGGGUCAGGGCUGCUUCGGAGAGGUCUGGAUGGGGACAUGGAAUGGCACGACUAAAGUAGCUAUAAAGACACUGAAGCCGGGCACCAUGUCUCCUGAAGCCUUCCUGCAGGAGGCCCAGAUCAUGAAGAAGCUUCGGCAUGACAAGCUGGUGCCCCUGUAUGCUGUUGUGUCUGAGGAACCCAUUUACAUUGUCACGGAGUACAUGGGAAAAGGGAGUUUGCUGGACUUCUUGAAGGAGGGUGAGGGCAAGUACCUCAAGCUGCCUCAGCUGGUAGACAUGGCUGCCCAGAUUGCAGAUGGCAUGGCUUUCAUCGAGAGGAUGAACUACAUUCACAGAGACCUGAGGGCUGCUAACAUACUGGUGGGAGACAAUCUGGUCUGCAAGAUCGCCGACUUUGGUCUGGCUAGACUGAUUGAAGACAAUGAAUACACUGCAAGACAAGGAGCCAAGUUUCCCAUUAAGUGGACUGCACCAGAAGCAGCGCUGUAUGGCCGAUUCACCAUCAAAUCUGAUGUCUGGUCCUUCGGGAUCCUGCUGACUGAGCUGGUGACCAAGGGCAGAGUGCCAUAUCCAGGCAUGGUGAACCGAGAGGUGUUGGAGCAGGUGGAGCGGGGCUACAGGAUGCCGUGUCCUCAGGGCUGCCCGGAGUCGCUGCACGAAAUGAUGCGGCUCUGCUGGAAGAAGGAGCCAGACGAGCGGCCCACUUUCGAAUACAUCCAAUCCUUCCUGGAGGACUACUUCACCGCCACUGAGCCACAGUACCAGCCCGGAGACAACCUGUAGAGACCUUCUGCAGGAGCCAGAGACUCACCACCACGUGCUAAUAAACCACCGGGACAGUUCCAAAACCCGUUGUGGCACCUCCUCCCUACAGCUCCCCUGCACAGUUGUCCUUACAGAGAUGUUUUUGUUUUUUCUUCACCCUCCCAGACCCAAAUUAAAAACACGAUUAGUGCAUAAAACGUAUCUUUUGCAGCAGAUACAGGCUGUUCUCUGCCUGAGGAUGUGUGUGGUGGAGUAGACGAGGGUGUGUGUAUGAGCGGGACCACAUCACACUCCCAGAGCUCUGCUGGGGUGAUUCUCUGCAUUGCAGACAGAGGGAGCUGUGAGACAAGCGAUGAGCUUAGUGCUGAUGGCUGGUUCAGUUGCACAAAAUCAGCUUUUUUUUUUUUUCUACCUUUUGUCUUUCUUUCUACCUGAACACUAAAUCUUAUUGUAAAAUCAGUCUUCAUUAUUUUAAAGUUGUUCAUUUUUUUCAUUUUUCCCUUUUUUUUUUAUUUACUAGUUUGAGUAGUUUAUUAAAAGUGACCAAUAACUGUGGUUGAAUUGGUUUGCGCUACCAGUGACAGUUAGUGCCAUUGUUGGGACGGGAAAGUGGAAGAAAGACAGCGAGAAUGAGAGGCGUGAGGGCAUUAGCCGUUCUGAAUGUAUGGGAGCUUGAGUUUAAAACAUCAAUUACAGGGGCAGAAUGUUUUUUUUUUUUUUUUUCUCUAAAACACUUCACAUGGUUUUUAAUAAGUACCUUCAUUUCAGCUUCAAUCGAUCUCUAUGAGAGCUUGAAAUCAUAUCCUGGGAGAUGAUUCAUAUUGGAAGCCUUCACAAAACAUUUCUGACGACUGAUCGCCAUUUCAGCCAGCUGCUAAUUUUCAAGCAAAAAGUCAUUGUUAUAAAUUGUAUUUUUGUCUCAAUAUAUUCAACAUUAAUUAAGCAGAAAUGCCUGUGAUUAAUAAAACAAUAGACCUGACCAGCAGUGUUGCCAAAUCUGCGGUUUUACAGCGGGAUUGGGAUGCUUUUUACACUGUUCCCACAGGUUGUUUUUCAUGUCCACGGGUUGAAGUGACUCCAGUAUCAUGAUAUUAAUCCCCUGGAAGUGCAAAUUUUAGUGGGGGAACCCUUCCAUAAAAUGUAUAUUUAACCCCCCAGAACACGAUUUUUAACUGAGGCCCCCUCGAAACACGAUUGGGCUAGUUUUGGGCUAGUUUUAAGUAGCGAUUGGGUGGGUUUUCUUGUGAAAACCUGGCAACCCUACAGACCUGUCCAAUAAGUAUUCCCCAUGCUGCUGUUGAGACCCGGCAGGUCUUAAUAUCCCAACAGCAAUGCCAGAGUUGCUUUUUUUAGCGCAUAUCAGCCCCACACACUGCCAGGUUUGUGUUUUUUUUCGUACCAACACAUUUGUAGUGUUGCCAACCACCCAUGUACAUGUACACUCAAAUAAAUGAUACACAGAGAUUUAUUGAUGUUUCACAGAUUAUUUCAUACAUCCAUAUUUAAAUUCUCAAGAGAGCCAUGAUCCUGACAUAAGAAUGUGAUUUUAUUCAAAUUAUUUCACACCGAUCUGUUCUGACUCUUUUGCAAGUGUCUUGACCAGGAACCAGAAUUACAGAAAGUCUUUUUUAACUCCAUGAUGUAACACGUUUGCUGCUAGCGGAGUUGUUACAUUUCCUGUUCAAGCAUCGAUCACUGUGAAAAUUUCAGGUACUACAGAUUAAGACCAUCUACCAACCAAAGCUUGAUGGAGUCAGGACAAUUUGCCUUCCAUCCUGAGCGCAUAAAAAAGUAUGUGAUUGAUGUUUUCCUUGGUCUGUUAAAAUGGUACAAGUCUAAUGGAGAGGGCAAAUGAGAUAUCACCAUAUAGCCGUCCAGUUUGUGCACCAUUACAAAUUCAGUCUUAAUGUUUUGUCAACAGGUUAAUUUCAUCCAUGACAAGGAAUUGAAUGCACUUGGGAUUAAUUGGUUUGAUAUCUUUGCUAAUUUGUUGGUUUCUUCUCCCUUUUAUGGUGUAGCUUUUCAAAUAUAGAGAGAGGCCUUGCUUUUGUCCUUCAUUUAUGUCAGCCCUUUGUCCUAGAGAUUGUGUCUCCUACUAGGCAUCUCUCCCAUCACCACCCUCCUGUUUUACAAGGGCUACAGGAAAGUCUGUUAUUGAUUUUUUUUUUUUUUUUUUUCGUGUCAAAAGAAAAAGAGAGAGAUAGAGAAAUACUCCAAUGUAAGCUGAGGGUCUCCGCUGCAGAGUUUGAUGAGGACA